AUGUCCUACAAGAAAAUCGUCUUCCUGGCUGUCUGCUCUGUCCUGUUGGUGAUUGCAUCCACAGCAGCGGCGGUACCCAACGAAUCGAAAGUGGAAACCGACUCGGGUACGGCAGGCAAGUCAUAUUUCGGAUAUCAUCCGAAACCAAAGGACUCGUACAAGAAGCUCGUGGAGGAUGUGGACGAAUUUGCUCGCUUACAUGACGGGGAAUUUGCUGCGCUCCUAGAAAAGAUCCAAACACUGCACAAGAAGCUGUUCUACCGAAAGGAUAAGGACCACGGUGGCCAUUAUUACAACGAGAUGGAACAGAUGCAGAAGCUGCUCAUCCAGCAAAAGGCUGCCCUGGACGCGCUACGCAGCGAGCGACCAAGUGCCUAG